AGAGGAAAAGAAGAAUGGGAUAAAUUGAGGGAAAAUCUACUGCUCUUUAUGUCGGGCUUAUUUUUACCAGGGGAAAAGAAGGUGAUGGAAAAAUCCAGCCACAUAUAGGCAUCCGCACUUGCAUUUCUUUCAAUUUUUCUUUUUUUCAGCUGAAAGCCAUGACUAGCAAACAUGAACAGAAGAAUACCAGCUAAAAAUACAGGUUAAGGAAAUAGACUUUUAUGCUUUCGAAUGCUAUUCAAAAGACUCACAUUCUGAUAGUGAAUGUCCGAUUUCAAUACUGAUUGGCCUGAUUCACCCUGCUGUGACCUUUAUUUUUUUGUUUUUUUUUUGUCUUGACAGCCUUGUUAACUCUUUAAAGUUUCUUCAUUCGUAGAAAAAUGUCUUUAAGAUCAGUGAGUCAAACAUUUGUGCGCAACUUGAAGCCUGUCAACUGUGCUUCUUUAACCCCCUGUAUCCGUACUUACGCUACAGAAAAGAAGACAGUACACCCUCCUCGACGUAUCUAUCUUCAUGACCAAUAUACCGAUAUUAUUGAAAACAACAGAGCUGUCUUUAUUUUCCAACACAACAAUUUGACCGUCAAGGAAUUCACUGGCAUCAGACAGCAGUUAGGCGAAUUGGGUUCCACCAAAUUAACUGUUUUACGCACAGGUGUUUUCAGUUCUGCUUUACGUCAAACAAAAUACGCCAAUUUAGAACCCUUGAUCACAGGUCCUACUUGUGUUUUAUCUACUGAUGGAGCAGACAAUACAGAAUUAUUGAAGAAGUCUGUUGAAUUACUAGGCAAAAACAAGAAAUUGUUAUUGUUGGGUGGUAAAUUGGACGAUGUACUCUUGACACAGGCCGAUGUAUUGAAGGUGGUUGAUUUACCUUCUAUUGAUCAAUUAAGAGCUCAAUUGGUGGGUGUGAUUGAAGCUCCUGCCCGUAAAUUGUUGGGUACUUUGGAACAACCUGCCAAAGAAUUACACAGUGUUUUGGAUAGAAGAAUUUAGAUUUUUAUUAUUAAAAAUAAAACAAGCGUGAUGAUAAGACAAUGACU